CCAGUCAUAGCAUACCCCACCACACAUCUUCCAAUACUCAUCAAUCCAAAACUGAGUCUUUGGCUUAGAAGCACCAUCAAAUUGUCCUCUCCUCACCACUAAUGCCAAUUCUCAAACUUUGAGAAACAAGAAGCACAAACAUGUAAUUUUCAACUUUCAAUUCAAACCACAAUUCUUCACUUCUCUCUUUCAUUUCAGUUUUCUUACGUGUUGCAUCAGUGCCAUAUUGAAACAUCAAAAGGGUUUCUUCCUUUUGAACCCUUAGACUUAAAGAUUUUUUUUUUCUUUUCAUUCUUUUGGGGUUUUCAUAAGCCCUUGAAUCUAGAGGAGAAACAUGUCUCCCAUGUCAACUGUUCCAAUUCAUAGACCUGAAUUUGGGACCUUAUUCUUUAAUGGGACUCCAAGCCCUUAUAAAUGUUUGAGAGUUACCUCCUCAUGGACUAUGGCCAUGGAUUCAAAAUUUUCUCCGAUAAAGAAGAAUAGUAUUAAUAAUGAUUAUAGUAUGAAGAAUAAGGAAGAACUCUCUAUGCAGCUUUCAACUCCACCCAUUUCCAAAGUGGAAACUUCAAACUCCAACGAUCUCCAAUUUGAUCGGUUGCAGCCAUCGGAUCAAGAAUUGGGUCGAGUAAAUAGGUUUGAGUUUGGGCAAUUUGUUGCACGAGAAGCUGUGCUUGAUGAAGAGUAUUGGACAGCAGCAUGGUUGAGAGCAGAAAGUCACUGGGAGAAUCGAUCAUAUGAAAGAUAUGUUGAUAACUACAAAAGGAAAUUUGCUGAGCAGGAAUUUCAUGCAUUAAAGAGACGGUGCAAGGUGCAAAACGGUGAUAGCUGCGCAUGCAUCAUCACGGUGAGGAAGGAGCAGAAAAAUGCAAAACACUCAAUAUUAAAAAGUGUUGUGGGAACCCUUGAUUUGAACAUCCGAUAUUUGCUUCAAGGGGAGACUUACCCUGGGGAACGGGUAAAGGCUCCCAUUUUUUGCUGCAUCAACAGAACACCACCAAACAGAUAUGGAUACAUUGCAAACCUGUGCGUUAUCAAAUCAGCUCGGCGCCAGGGGAUUGCAAGCAACAUGUUGUCUUUUGCUAUUGGAGCUGCAAAAUCUAACGCAGGUGUGACACAGGUGUAUGUGCAUGUGGACAAAAAUAAUAGUCCUGCACAAAUAUUAUACCAAAAGAUGGGUUUUGAGGACAAUUUAGGAGAGAGGAUAUUCUUUUAAUGAUGAAAUUGACGGUUCAUUCAUGAUGUAUUUUUUCUACUUGUGAGAGCAAUAACUGGCAGUUUCCAUGCUCUUCUCAGAUGGUUGAAAUGGCAAACUCCCAGUUGGUGGAACAAACAUACUUACUGCGAUUACAGACAUAAAAUACUAAGGAUAGCUUCGGAAAAGUUGUGAAUUUCAGAAUUUAAGUAGAUCCUGUAACCAUCAUAGAGGUGUAAGAUGUAAAUGCAUGUAGGUGUCCAUGUUUGUACCUAACUAAGGUAACAAAUUUCCAUUAUUUCUCCCACUUAAUUUUCAAUGUGUGGAUAUUUGAUUAUGUAGCUUGUAUAGGUAUCAUAUAUUCUUCCUCAAAUUAUAUGUAUUGGAGAGAAAGAAAAUUUGGGGGUAAUUUAAAAAACAAACUCAGAUGUAUUGGAUUUGAAAAGGGUGAAGUUAUUUCUUAUUGCAACAUUA